UUCAAUCCAUUCAUUCGCCCUCAGUAUGACAAUACGCCUGAUGGGUAUUGGUGUUUUGUUGUGUAUUCCAAUAAAAUUUAAUAAAUUGUUAUUAAUAACUGAAAAAUUGUGUGAUUUGUCUAUGUAGUUAAGUGAAAUAAAAUUUCUUGCUCUUUUAAAAAUAUUUACUAGUUAUUUCUUAAAGUUGUGUGUACUAAAAUCUUAAUAAAUACAUUUCUGGCUAAUGUUAAGUGUAUACAUGUGAUCAAUACAUGAAAAAAUUGCAGUUUUCUUCGUUUUGAAGAUCUUCAAACGAUGAAGCAGCCAUAAAACCGAAUUCCACAUUUAGACGCAUCAAAAAACAAACACAAUGGAGGAACGAGAGAAUGACGAGGGGCCCGGCGUGCCCGACAUGACCAUGAUGCCGCACAUCACAGAGGACGCCAUCAACGAUAACCUCAAGAGACGAUACAAGCACGACCUCAUUUAUACAUACACAGGUUCUAUUUUAGUCGCAGUGAAUCCUUAUAAGGAAUUAGGAUGUUAUACAACGGAGCACAUGCAAAACUAUCGAGGGAAAUCCUUCGGUACCCUUCCACCGCACGUUUUCACGCUAGCCGAAUCGGCGUACAGCUCGUUACAGAAUGGCGAGAAAAAUCAAUCAGUGGUGAUAUCAGGAGAAAGUGGUGCAGGGAAAACGGAGACCACAAAACUGAUACUUCAGUACUUGUGCGCGGCGGGUGGACAGGCGUCGUGGGCGGAACAACAGAUCCUAGAAGCUAACACUGUACUGGAGGCGUUUGGUAACGCGAAAACCGUGCGCAACGAUAACUCGUCCCGGUUCGGCAAAUUCGUGGAGGUCCGCCUAGACCACCGCGGUGGUAUCCGUGGUGCGGUACUCCGCGACUUCCUCCUAGAACGCGCGCGCAUCACCGGACCCUCCCCGCGGGAGACCAACUAUCAUGUGUUCUAUCAGCUGGUUGAAGGGGCUAAGCACAAUGCCGAACUACGGAGCACGCUACGUCUUCGUGACGACGUCCAAUACAAAUACCUCAGGCCAGAAGAUGAGGAGGCCCGAAAGGGCCGCGGCGGGGAGCAAGGCAAGCUGGAAGCGCUGCAGCUAGCGCUGACUGUGCUUCAAGUUCCGCCCCAUAUGUGUGAGGGACUAUUCAAAGUGCUUGCCGCGGUGCUGUGGCUCGGGAAUAUACAGUUUCAGGAUGUAGACGGAGAGCGCACAACCCUAGCGCCGGAAGAUGCGGAAGCAGUGGAUGCAGUCGCCAACUUGCUAGGGUUGGCACCGCCUACCGCACAACGAGUGUUGUUAGAACGACAGAUAAACGUACGAGGAAAUGUCACAGAUAUACCUCUGCGGUUACAUGAGGCUCGGGAGAACCGUCACGCGAUGGCGCGAGCGCUGUACUCGCGUACGUUCGCGUGGCUCGUCCGCCACGUCAACAGCUGUUCAGCCCCCGGCCGGGAGGCGCCCCGGGCGCUUGGAGUGCUGGACAUCUUCGGCUUCGAAAACUUUGCGUCCAACUCGCUCGAGCAGCUCUGCAUCAACUACGCUAACGAGAAACUGCACAUGUUCUUUAAUAAUUACGUGUUCGCCUUAGAACAGGAAAUCUACCGACAAGAAGGCAUAGUGUAUAAUCAAAUUCAGUUCACGGACAACGCCGCAUGUUUAGAGUUGUUAGAGAAACCCCCAAGGAGCUUGCUCAAACUGCUCAGUGAGCAGUGUCAUAUGCCAAAGGGUUCAGAUGGUGCUUACCUAACAAACAUCCAAGGCGAGUUCGGUGAACACCAGAGCUUCGUAAAGGGCUCCCGUCGAAAAUGGGAGGAAGAGUUUGGCGUGCAACACUACGCCGGCGCGGUCACGUACAGCGUGCACGGGUUCGUCGACAAGAACAGAGAUACACAGCAGGACGCGUUCAUAGACCACCUGAGUCGGUCGGCCAACCCGUUCGUUAGAGAGUUGGCUGAUUAUGUGCAGGAACUGGCGCCGCCGGGACAUGAAAUUUCAUUGUCAAGUCCAAAUUCGACUGGAACCACACAGCGGGGUACAUCCAAGGGGCGACCGACUGUGGUUGACACUUUCAGAGCACAACUUCAAUCGCUUGUCGACAUGUUGCAGGUUACUGAUGUUUGGUACGUCCGCUGCAUAAAGCCGAACGAGAACAAGGAGGCGGGGAAGUACAACGAUCAACUAGUGCUCGAGCAGCUCCGGUACCUGGGCAUGAACGAGAUAGUGCGCAUCCGCCGCGACGGCUACCCGGUGCACCUCCCCGCGCCGCAGUUCCGCGCCCGCUACCGCUGCCUGUUACCGCAUCCGCGACCGCUACAGCCUCAAAUCACAGCUAUAAUCGAUAUAGUGAACGCGCCUAAGGACGACUGGCAAAUUGGACAUACAAAAAUAUUCAUGAGGUCGUCAGUUCACGGACCGCUGGAAGCUAAACGCACUGCAUUGCUACAAUCAUCUGCAUUGCUUAUACAAAAAUGGUACAAGGGCACGGUGAAACGGCGGCAGUUCGUGCAGUGGCGCAGCGCGGCGGUGGUGCUGCAGGCGGCGUGGCGCGGAUGGAAGGAGCGCGCGCACUUCCUGCGGCGGCGGCGCGCCGCACUCACGCUGCAGCGCCACCUGCGCGGCGCCUUCGCGCGCGAGGUCGCCGCCGCGCUGCGCGAGAUGAGGCGCGUCAACCACGAGAUGCGCCUGCGCGAGCAGAGGAACAGUCUCGCAGAAAAGGCAAACCAGGAACGAGCAGAGCUGGAAACGAUGGCGGACCAGCUGCGCGGCAUAUCGUGCAACACAGCGCGGGCGGACUCCGUGAACCUAGACAACCUGUUCGACUUCCUGGCCGACGUCCCCAGCCAGCGCGGCGCGCCCGACGGCCAGCCCGACCAUCACCAGCCCACCAUCGCCGAGAUCGGGGACUCCAUGGAGCGCCUGGCCGAUGAUCUGCACCAGGAGUUGGAGCACGUGCUGGCCUCAGAAAUGAACGAGCUGAGCAAAUCGCACACGGAAGCGCAGCGGAAACCCGACGGUGCACCAUCCGACGCGAUACCGCCGCCGCCGCCGCCCACGUCCUUACCGCUCCACGCGAUCGUGCAGCCUUCGCCGCCGGUACCGCCGGCGAUGACGUCAUCGCUCAACGGCGGCACAUCAUCACUCAAUGGAGGCACGUCACCCAUGUCCAACGGCGACUCGAUGACGUCAUCGCUGAUACUGCCGCCGCCGCCGCCGCCGCCUGAGCCUGCCGAGGAGUCGCCGACGUUCCCACCACCUCCUGCGCCCUGUUCGUUACCGGAACCGGCACAUCCGCCACCGCCGCCACCUGCUACCAAAGACGUCACUCCACCAGAGUUGACGAAUGGCGUCAUCCCGAACGGCAAACUGACCGUGUUGAACGGCAAAGAGCCGAUCUACGAGGCGGUGAUCCCGCGUAACGAUCAGUGCAAGGAGACGACCCCACCGCCACCGCCACCACAGUUGUCGUCAGAAAGUAACGGACUGCCAACCAAAGAAGUAGAGCCGGAACCAGACGCGCCACUGCCGCCUCCUCCCGCGUCGGUGCUGCGGAAGACUCCCACGCCCACCCCUCCACCGCCCAUACCGAUGGACACGUGCAUUAGCCCACCUCCGAUACUUAAUGGGGACUCUACUAACACAGAACGCAACGCUCGCCGCAAAGAGCGCGUGGAGCGUCGCCUGCAUCAACUGGAAGCGUCCUCACCGCCGGCAAGUGCAGUGCCGCCGACCACACCGCCGCCAGACGCGGCCAACGAUCUCGCUGAAUUCGCUAAAUUAUAUUUCAAUGACCACCCAAGAUCACCUGAAGGUACUAUAAUGGCAACACUAACCCGCAAGAGUAAAUCAAUGGAAGUUCUAACAAAAGAAGAGAUGAUCACGUAUCACAAGGGGAACAACAUUCCCACCUCGCACAUACAACUGCACGAUCCGGAUAGCAUCACAGCGGCGGUCAAUAUAUUCCGGGAUUUGUGUCGGUACAUGCGCGGCGAACUGACUGCAGACAAGGAAACACAAGUAAUACAAUCCAUAAUAGGAAAAGGAUUAGAACGUGAAGAAUUGAGGGAUGAAAUCCUAGUACAGUGUGUAAGACAGAUCACAGAGUGCCCGGUGGAGGAGUGGGCGGAGCGCGUGUGGCUGGUGCUGUGCCUGUGCGCGGUGGCGUGGCAGCCGAGCCGCGGCCUGGCGCGCUACUACUGCGCGUGGCUGCGUGCGCACGCGCGCCUGCCCGCGGCGGCCACGCCCCCCGCCGCGUCCCCCGCCGCGCCGCCCGCCGCGCCCUGCACGCCGCCGGCCCGCGCCGCGCACUGCGCGCAGUGGUGCCUUGACAACUGCCGCGGCGCCGCGCCCAGACUGCUGCCGCCCAGCACUGUUGAGAUUGCGGCGAUGCGGCGCCUGGGCACGAUAGUGUGCCGCUUCUUCUUCCUGGACGGGCGCACGAAGGCGAUCGACGUGCACCCGGCGGACACGGCGGCGGCGGCGGCGGCGCGCCUGGCCGACAAGCUGGGGCUGGGCGCGGCGGCGCGCGCCGGCUGGGCCGUCUACCAGCAGCGCGCCGCCCGCGAGGAACACGUGCGCGCCACGCACUACCUCUACGACGUCAUCGCCGCCUGGGAGAUGCAACAAGGCCCGGGCGGCGGGUCGGCUGACAAUCGCUUCGUGUUCAAACGGCGAUUGUUCCGUGGCGGCCGGGAGCUACCACAUGAUCCCGUAGAAGUUGCCCUACUAUACGCUCAAGCUGUACAUAGCGUUGUCAAGAUGGACGAGUUCCCGGUGUCGGAGAAGGUAGCGCUGCAGCUGGCGGGGCUGCAGGCGCAGGUGUCGCUGGGCGAGCCGCCGCCGUCGCCGCCGCCGCCGCACACGCGCGCCUACUACGCACAGCCCGACCAGUUCCUGCCGCAGCGCAUCGCGCGCGCGCGGCCAGCACACCAGUGGGCAACAAUCCUCGCUCAAGCUCACCGACAAUAUGGUGCAGGUCGUGCAGAAUUGACAGCAAAAGCGCUGUACCUCUCUUGCGUUAUGCAAUAUCCACUAUAUGGAGUGACACUCUUCCCUGUCACUUAUAAAGGAUAUUGGGCUCACGGUCCCAACGUCCUCUUAGGAGUGGGCUCCGAAGGUGUCGUUCUAGUCCGCCCCGCAGAUAAAGUGGUACUAGCCGAGUAUCCAUACAAUAACAUAGCGGCGUUACUAAUGGACCCCGUGGACAACGGUCUCACUAUCAGUUUGACGCAUCAUGGACAACACGAUGGCCUAAGGUGCAUAGUACUAGAGUCGGCGCAGAAGAACGAGGCGGCGUGGCUGAUGGCGGCGUACAGCCCGACGCUGGGCAACGGGCUGGCGGACGAGCCGCCGCGCCGCGCCGCGCCGGCCGCCGAGCGCUCGCGCCUGGCCGCCGCGCUGCGUGCUGCACGCCGCGCGCUUGUGGACUGCGGCCUGCUGCGUCGCCCCGCCGACCCCUCCGCCGGCAACUUCCUCAGGAACACGCUGCGCAGACUUAGCAAGCACAGACUAGAAAAAGUGCGUUUGGACAUGGCUGCCGAGACACAAGGCGAGUGCUACAAGGGCUUCCCGGCCGGCUACUGGUGCUGGUCCCGCUCGCUGCCGCACAGCCUCACCAAGCUCAACGAGGCUGAAGAAGUGGCUGCCAUGCAGAUAUUUAAGGAUAUAAUGAGUCACGCGGGUCUAAACGUGAACGAAGGCAGUACUACCAACCUGGCGAACAAUAACAGCAUUAGCAGCCAGGAGAGCGAGAGCGAUGACCGCGUUGCGCUCGCGCAGUCGCUGUUACAACGCUGCCUGCAGAAGGACACGCUGCUAUGCGAGCUCUACGUGCAGCUCAUCAAACAGACAACGGAACACCCAGAGCCGCAGUCGCGCGUGUCCGCACGGCACUGGGCGCUGCUAUGUGCAGCCGUGGGCGCGGCCCUGCCGCCCGCUAAGCCGCUGCGGCGCUUGCUACUAGCGCACCUGCGUUAUCGCGGUACCGCGCUGCACCACGGCGAAGAGGGCAAGUUCGCACGCCGCGCUGAACAGAUCGCGCUGAGCAGCGCGCAAGUGCCGCGGCGCGUGGCGGCGCCGUCCAAGGAGGAGCUGCUGUGCGCGGCGGCGCGGCGGCCCAUGCACGUGCGCGUGCUGCUGCUGGACGGCAAGCAGCACGGGCUCGUGUUCGGGCCCGCCGCCACCGCCGACCUGCUCGUCGCCAUGCUGCGCGAGAAGAUCGGCCUCAGCGACGCGGCCACCGGUUACGCGUUGUACGAAGUUUGCGCGAACUCGACACCAGCGGGCGCGGGCGAGCGUGCACUGAACGGUUCCGAACGCGUGGGAGACGUACUUGCACGCUGGGAGAAGGCCGGCGCCACCGCAGCCGCCUGCAGGCUUGUGUUUAAGAAACGCCUAUUCCUUGGCGAGCGACCGCUGCACACAGCUUGUGUCGCUGAAAUGGAGCUGUUAUAUUAUCAAGUGUUGCACUCAAUUCGACACGACCGACUUCCUAUUGAAACUGAUGAAGCUGUGAUGGUGGCGGCGCUGCACGCGCAGGUGGUGAACGGCGAGUGCCUUGGCGGCGGCGAGGAGUGCGCGGCGGCGGCGGGCGCGGUGCUGCCGGCGCGGCUGGCGCAGCCCGCGCUGCCCGCGCCCGCCGUGCGCCUGCACCACCUGGCGCUGCGCGGCACCGGCCCGCACGCCGCCAUGCAGCGCGCGCUCACGCUCGCCGCCUCCUGGCCGCUCACCAGGGCCACCAUCUUCGACGUCAUGCAAUCGUUCACAUCGAACUGGCCGCGCGCGCUGUGGCUAGCGGUGGACGCGCGCGGGCUGACGCUGCUGCGGCGCGGGUCGCGCGCCGCGCUGGUGUCGCACGACCACGACCAGCUGCUGGCCGUGUCGCCCGCGCCGCGCGCGCUGCUGCUCGUCACGCGCGCCGAGCGCAAGCACGCCAAGCUCGUGCUCUCCACCGACCAGGCAUACCAAAUAGCGACGCUCAUCAAGGAUUAUAUCGAGGCGGUACGCGGGCCAGUGUCGCCGGCGGUAGCGCCGCCCGCAGACCCGUGCGGCGCCGGCGCGGUCGCGGGAGUGGCGGGGGUUGCAGGGGGCGCGGUCUCCGCCGCCUCGUGACAUCCGGCCGCAUAGUGCCAGUGCUUCCACGUCAGGCAGUGAACGCGCACGUGUCGCCACGUGCCGCGCUCGCUGGUAGCAUACGUAGGUUGAGAGUACGGAGUUGCCGAUCAUACCGGUAUCUAACUCACUGAGUUGACACAAUUGUACGAGAAAUGUUUACGUUAUACGGAUGCGUAACAUCCUAGUCCUCAGGUAGCGAAUGAGCGUCACAGUGUAUUCUUUUAUCUCCAUAAUGUUCUUCCAAUAAGCAAAAGUUACGGCUUUCCAUUAGGUGCACAGUCGUUAACUUGUUUUUACUAUUCCAAAUAAUUAAUUUUGUCUUUCACUUAACUGUGCCAAAGACUAAAAACUACUUUAACUGAGAUACAAACUAAAACCAAAUGUAUUAUGUCAACAAGUGUAACCCAUAAUAGGUUACCAGUGAGUUAACGACUAGAUAGCUCCAAAUAUACUUGUAGUCAGUAGGAUAUAAUCGGCAUAGGAGUUAUCUAGUCCAACACGGUCCGGAUUCACGUGUCGGAAGUAUUUAUCGUCGAAUCGGUGAAGUAAAUGCCGAUAUAAAAGAUAUAUAAGCGAUAUCACAUUGGCAUAUAUGUUAUUUAUUGCAAAGAAAAAGAAAAUUUUGCUUUAUUAUUUUUAUAACAAUUUAAAUGCAUAUCAAAACUGUUCGCAUUUACUUCAACACGCAAACAGGUCAGGUUCAAGUGGUUUGAUUUUGGAGUGUAAAGUAUGGACGAUUUCAGUUGCCAGAAGACGGGGAAGCAAAAAUAAAAUUAUUUAUAAGCUCAGCAAUUUAUCCCAUUAUACAAAAUAGAUUAUAUUCCAGACUAAGAGCCCUUAAAAUUAUGUCAGUAUUAAUAUAACUGUUAAAGUGUUGUAAGUAAUAAUGUUGCUGGUUAGUCUUAUUCGGCGUUAAGAAUGUUAAUGUUGCUCGAGUUCAAUAGGAUUCUAAUUUUAAUCCCACUCCCCUCUAGUCUAUGGUUAACUAUUAAGAACUGGCCCUCUAUACAAGUAACAAACAGAUCAAUUUCUGAAUACGUUUAUGUCAUCAUACAUGUAAGAAAGAAUAUAGUAUAAUCAUAUUUGACUUGGACUUUGUUUGCCACUAGUUUAGAGAGCCUGGAUUGCAUCAACAUUUUGAUUAACAAUGGUUGUAAUAAAAUGUAAUAAAAAUGUUGGUGCUAGCUAAUAAACUAAGUUAAUUCCAAACUAAAAUUUUAUGUACAUACAUCACAUAUUUAUAUCAUGCUACAAGCACCUUGGUAUUAAAUAUAUGACGUAUGCUUUAAUUUUAAUUAAUAUAAUCCCUUGAAUUAUGACUUGUCCUAAUUUCAUAUUCUUAUGUCGCUCCUUUUGCUCAACAAAACCUUCCUAUUUGUAUUACAUUUCGUGAACUUCCUAAAAUCUUGAUUUGUGCCUUGUAUAAAGCUGCAAUAAUGAUGCCAAUGGUGUAUACUUGUGUCAUUCUAAUGACGACGUACUUAUAGUGACCAUCAGCACAUUAUUUUCAGCGAGUUAAUAUUCAGUGAGUAAUUCGUGCAAAUUUAUUGUGACUGCAAAAUAAUUACUGAUUGUUUCGAAUGUGUCUACGAUAUAUCUUCUAUCAUUACAUUAUAUUGCACAAUGUUAUGUCUCAAUAUUUUAUAAUUAUAUAGUAUAUUUGAUAUUGUAAACUUAGUAGUACUUAUAGUAAUGCUAGUGUAAAAUGGCGUCCGCGUUGUCCGCUUCUUAACUGUCACGUGCGUGACAGAAUGCGGCUCAAGUUCGCGUUCGCGCAUAGAACAGGUAUAAAUGUAAUAUGAAAUAGAUCAUAUAACUAAAUCUCAGUGUCAUCUAAGAGAAUGUUAUUACGAUGGAUAAUUUGUCCAUAUCUUUAGUUAACUCGAAAUUAAAUAUACAUACAUUUUUUAAGCCCGUUUGGUGCUUAAAUAUUCUCUAUUCGUUUAGCUUGUGUUUCUGAUCUCAUAUUGAGUAUUAUUUAUUUAUAAUAGAUGCCAUAUUUUGUUUAAUUGUUCAAGCGAUAUGCAAUAUUCAUUUAGGUAUUAUUUAUUUAGAUUAUGUAAUGACUUUGUAUAUAAUUGGUGAACCAAAGACUUAUCAAUACUUUGGAUAUUUUUACGUUACUAUACUUUUGUAUAUCAUUUAUUAUUUAAUUUGUGGAAAUUUGUAUAUACUUAUAUUAUUCUAGUAAAUAAUGUAGUAUAUUCAUUGACGUGACUCUUAAUAUUAUAGCUGAAAUGAUACUUGCAAAUUUGGCAUUCUUCUUCUUCUUCAAAUAACUCAUGAAUUCUUCUCAAUUUUCGAUACUUUAUACAAUGUCAAUCACUCAACAAACGAAUAUUGAUCGAGUGACUACCUCAGGCCACUUAUUGUGUCGAAGUACUAUACUAAUAGACAAUAUUCUUUAGUAAAUCAUUUCUUAUAGUUAUAAGAUUUAAUGUAUAGGUUAAUUAAUGUCAAUCAUGAAUCGAAAGAUUAUUAUGAGAACCACCCCAAUAUACUGCCCAAAUAGACUGAAAAUGUCCAAAUAUUUUAUUCUUUUUGAAGUGCAUUGUUUUUGUUACAUUGUGUAUGGAAUUUUACCCUAUUAUUUGAAUGCCAAAUAAAUGAUAACAAAUAAAUGAUAAAUAAACGUGUUAUUUA